ACCGCCAGCACCCCCCAGCCACUGGCCGCAGCCCACCUGCCACCCCGUAGCCCUCCUGCCUUUGCACCUGGACCCGGCUGUGAGAGGUCCCAGGCUCUGGAACCUGUCUGCUUGUUCCCUCCAGGCUUGUCCCCUGGCUCUGCUUCCGGCCGAAGCAUGAACGGCCUGGAGGUGGCUUCCCCAGGUCUGACCGCCAACUCCUCCCUGGUCAUCUCAGAGCAAUGUGGCCAGGAGACGCCACUGGAGAACGUCCUCUUCGCCUCCUUCUACCUCCUGGAUUUCAUCCUGGCUUUUGUUGGCAAUGCCCUGGCCCUGUGGCUUUUCGUCAGGGACCACAAGUCAGGCACCCCCGCCAACGUAUUCUUGAUGCAUCUGGCUGUGGCCGACUUGUCCUGUGUGCUGGUCCUGCCCACCCGCCUCGUCUACCACUUCUCUGGGAACCACUGGCCGUUUGGGGAAAUCCCGUGCCGACUCACCGGCUUCCUCUUCUACCUCAACAUGUACGCCAGCAUCUACUUCCUCACUUGUAUCAGCGCUGACCGCUUCCUGGCCAUCGUGCACCCCGUCAAGUCCCUCAAGCUCCGCAGGCCCCUGUACGCACACCUGGCCUGCGCCUUCCUCUGGGUAGUGGUGGCCGUAGCCAUGGCCCCGCUGCUGGUGAGCCCGCAGACCGUGCAGACCAACCACACAGUCAUCUGCCUGCAGCUGUACCGGGAGAAGGCCUCCCAGCACGCCCUCGUGUCCCUGGCCGUGGCCUUCACCUUCCCGUUUGUCACCACGGUCACCUGCUACCUGCUGAUCAUCCGCAGCCUGCGGCAGGGCCCUCGUGUGGAGAAGCGCCUCAAGAACAAGGCGGUCCGCAUGAUCGCCGUGGUGCUCGCCAUAUUCCUGGUCUGCUUCGUGCCCUACCACGUGCACCGCUCCGUCUACGUGCUGCGCUACCACGGCGGCGGGACCUCAUGUGCCACCCAGCGCGUCCUGGCCCUGGGAAACCGCGUCACCUCCUGCCUCACCAGCCUCAAUGGGGCGCUGGACCCAGUCAUGUACUUCUUUGUGGCCGAGAAGUUCCGCGAUGCCCUGUGCAACCUGGUCUGUGGCAAAAGGCUCUCCGGCCCGCCCCCCAGCUUUGAAGGGAAAACCAACGAGAGCUCACUGAGCGCCAGGUCAGAGCUGUGAGCCCCCGGACGCCAGCCCUGGCCCCCAGUGCCACAGACUGUCUUCAGAAGGACCUCCCCACCCCACCCCAGGGUGCACGCCACCAGACUCAUGAUGGAGAAGCCCAGUCUCUCCAAGGGCGGAACUCAGCAUCCAGUAACUGGUUCUGUCUUAUCUCAUGUGCAAAUCCCUAAAAGAGGACACCCCUCCACGGGACCAAUCAGCCACCCACCCCCUGCAGAGACUGUGCCGGCCCUGCUCACUUACAGUUACUGGAUACUCAGUGACUUCACCCCAUGGCAGGGGGGGCAAGGGGGCCAGAGGAACAGUUCCCAAACAAUGAGUGUCUUUCUUCCCCAAGGGCUGCUUGCUAGACUCCCAACCUCCUUCCCACCACGAAAAACACACAGCAGCAGAGCUCUGCAGAAAGAACUCCAGACGGCAGCUGCAAAUGACUUGAGAGAAG